AUGGACCGUCAAAUUGUUCAAGAUCUUCUACCCAUCCAAAACUUCCUCACCGACUGGCACGUUCGUGUCACUUGGAUUGCCUUCAUGACACUCUGGGUAUUCUGGGGUUUAGCUUGGUUUAUUCGUAAUGCAUUUGGUGGUGAUUCUGGGUCCACUCAUAUCCAUACGAUCCAAUCCAGUGCUCAAAUGGCUGCUGCUAAUGACGGUUCUCGCUUGAACAAUGACCCCAACCACGUUGUCACUGAUCCCGAAGCUGGCGGUGUCGCUGGUACCACAGCUACUACUGGUACCCAUCACCAAAAGACACAACCUCUCGCUGCUCCCGCUUGGUCUGUCAAUGUCUUUAACCGCUUGAACCGUGCUCAUGAUAUGCUGCGUGAUCUUGUCCUCAUGUUGCUUUCCGUCUUGACUUUGAAUACAUUUGCUCGCGCUUCUACUUAUGCUGUCAUGAUCAUCGCCUGGAUCUUUGUGGCCUUUGCUUUUGUUUACUUUGUCGUUGAGGCUUCUUACGAGCACCGCUACCUUCGUUUGGUCUACUCCUUGACUUUCUACGCUCUCGGUUUGGCUGUCGUUGGUCUCGCCUUUGCUCAAGGUUUCUAUUACUAG